CUCACAAAUUUCUACUCCCGCUGAGAACGUCACUUCGUUCCCGGGAGGAAGUACCCAUCCGAUAAGCUAGGUUCCUACCCCCAUCAUCACCAUUCCACCACCUGUCCCAUUCACUUCCCCCGUGAACCCUGUUCCCGUUUUUUCUUCAAAUUUCCCCGGACCCCUUGAUCCAAUGUACAGCCAGGCUCUUCAGAAUUUUGGACAUUUCAUGUCCAUGUUCCAGCAACCAAGAGGAUUUUCACCUUUCAUUCCGGGAUUGUACCCACAAUCCUCGCCUCAAACUAAUGUCAUUCGCCCGGUCGUCCCGACAAACCUGAUCGGGGAAAUGGAUAAAGCAGGUCCAUCCCGGUCCAGAAGGAGCCGGUCCCGCAGGUCUCAGACAAAGGUGACCUCGGAUGAGGAUGUGCGCUCAGUCCAUAGCAAGGAUGAGGACUGGGACGUUCCCCAAGCACUCAAGAAGUUGAAGGGAAAAGCUGUCCAACCUGAAGGAUCCAGGAGGUCGGCCUUUCAAAGACUUGGCCAUGAUGGCCGAAAUCAGAACCGGUCAGCAAAAGAGCGGCUUGGGGUAGAAACCAUCUCAGCUAGUACCUUUAAUCGUGCAGGGAGAGGAGCCGGACGACCUGGUCAGACCAGGCGAACGGAACCACCCCCACGCGAUGAGCCCCAGCACAGCCGGGCGCCGCGAGAGGAAGAAGCCGAAAGCCACCCCAGGCACACGACCCGUUCUCAUGUUGAACAACCUCGGGAUCGUGUGGGCCGGGUCGAGGCACGUCUGGAGAAACUACAACGCCGGGUAGACCGGGAAGAAAAGAAGAANCAGCUAGUACCUUUAAUCGUGCAGGGAGAGGAGCCGGACGACCUGGUCAGACCAGGCGAACGGAACCACCCCCACGCGAUGAGCCCCAGCACAGCCGGGCGCCGCGAGAGGAAGAAGCCGAAAGCCACCCCAGGCACACGACCCGUUCUCAUGUUGAACAACCUCGGGAUCGUGUGGGCCGGGUCGAGGCACGUCUGGAGAAACUACAACGCCGGGUAGACCGGGAAGAAAAGAAGAAGAUCCUG